CAUGGUCACUAACCUUUCAACCAACAGCUGAACGGCGCUUUUUUUUCCUAGCCUAGAGUUUUAAAUGAAAGCUGUAAUUCUCGCCGCCGGGUACGGAACCCGGCUCCAGAGGGAUGUCGUCGCGGACAGCAGCGGGAAGUUCGCCCACCUGGCCGGCGUCGCUAAGCCGCUGCUGCCGGUGGGUCGCUGCGCCCUGAUCUCCCACUGGGUCCACGCUCUGACCGCCUCCGGCUCCGUGGACUGCAUUUAUGUUGUUACCAACGCUGUUUACCACGCUGCAUUUGAAGAAUGGGCAGCACAUUUCACAAACGUCAGGAUUGUCAGCGAUCACACGACAAGCAAUGACGAGCGUCUGGGUGCUGUGGCCUGCCUGCAGCUCGCAGUGAAGCACUUCAAGAUAGACGACCACGUUGCAGUUAUUGGAGGUGACACCCUCUUCAAAGAAGACUUCAGCCUCAGUAAAGUAAAAGAGAGGUUUUCUGAUGUGCUAACAAAGUGUGAAGACAGCUGUCUGGUGCUCUCAUACCAGUGCAAAGAUGAAGAAACCCAGAAAUACGGAAUACUGGAAGUAGAUGGUGAUCUUCGUGUUGUCUGUAUGAAGGAGAAGCCUCUCCCUUCAGAGACAAAGUCGAGGCGAGCGUGUCCUUGCUUCUAUGUGGUUUCAAAGAAAAGCCUUCCUCUGGUGGAUACUUUCCUUGAGGAAAAGAAGGACGCUCCUAUUGAAGAGAAAGACGCUCCAGGAAACUUUGUGUCUUGGCUCAUUCCAAGGAAACCAGUUUACAUUCAUCAGAUUUCUGGCCGUUUUGAUGUCGGAAACUUGCCUUCCUAUAUUGAAUGUGACCUUUACUUCAGAGAAAAACAGGAUGUCAAGUCUUACAUGGUGUAAAAGAAACAUGAAUACACCAAAACAAAUGAUUUAUUAUGCAGUGUUUUAAAAAAUGAUCCAAGAACAGAAGAAAUCAAAUGUGACACCUCUGCCAAUGUUGAGAAUGUUUGUAAAUUUGUCUCUACAUGUACAUUUUACCUGUAUGUAAUUUUAUAAAGAAUGCUUUCUAGUAAAAUCUUUACUUUGAUCUA